AUGAUUUCGCGGCCCGCUUUAUGGUGUCUGUUGUUCUUGGUGUGUGGUGUGUAUUCGGCUUCGUUCAAGGUCGGAGUUCAGAGAGUUUUGGGUAAGAUUUUUGAUGAGAAAUUGCGAUAGUUGGGCUCUUUUUACGCUUCGCUGAGAAGGUGUACCUAUCCCGUGGAAAAUUGCAGUAUCUAAGGUUUGGUAAGAGGUAUCAAAAAACUGCUGAUGCCAUUCGAAAGAGCAUCUCAAGUAUCCUAUUACCGCCUAAAAUGAGUAAUACAUAUGGUAGUUUCAAAGCAGUCAAAAAAACUCGCAUAAAAACUCGAUUUUGGUCAUCAAAAUCGCUCGCUGUAGCUUUACUCUGCUAAAUCAACUCUUUUCAUGGCAUAAUUUCUGCUUAGCAUUUCCUACUUUCAUUUCUAAAAAUAAUAGAGACCUUCCCCAAAACGUAUUUUACCCGUAAAAAUCGUAAUUUUUCCACUUACAGCCAACAAGUCCAGUGUAAUUUACGAUGUGUACGGCCAACGUAUCAACAACCGCCAUGACAUGGAGUAUCGGGGCCGCAUCACUCUCGGCGACCCUCCACAACAGUUCAACGUCGUCUUCGACACUGGGUCCAGUAUGAUUUGGGUGCCGAAGGAGGGCUGUGUGUCCACGGGUCCGAUGGUGAAUAAAUGCCCGAACACCGAUGUGUAUCGUCCUGGAGCCACGGCGGAGAACACUGGAAUUCCUUUUAGAGUCGAGUAUGGAACAGGAGCAGCGAUUGGGACCUAUUACAAGGAUGUUUUUGCGGUGAGUUUUUUUGGGAUUUUUGGGAAAAAUUUGAUUUUUUUUGAAAUUCAAAAAGCCUUCUUGACUAGAAAAUUUCUAAAUUCUAGUAUGUACUGCCUCCUAAAGCACAGAAAAUUAGAGUUUUGAAUUAUAACUGAAAAAUUGAAUAAUUAAAAAAUGUGAAUGUUCAAAAAAAAUUUAUUCAAUUUUUUCAUUUAGUCUUGCUAGAAACUUGUCAAAAUGUCAUCUCGAAAACUUAAUGACAUUUAAAAUCAAAAUCCCGUUCCAGUUCGGCGCCAAAGGCGGAAAACAAUUGAAAUUCAAGAACAAGGUGACUUUCGGCGCUGGAGAACAGAUGCAAUUCACGGACGAGGGUAUCCUAGGACUCUCCUUCCCAAAACCCAACGAUCCGGCAACCAACAUUUUCGACGAGGCCGUCAAAGAGGGCAUCAUGGACAAGCCGAUUUUCACGGCCUACUUGAAGAAAUGCGAUGGUGAUUGUGACGAUGGAGGUGUUAUCACCUUCGGUGACUAUGACAAAGAGCGUUGUUGCAAUGUCAAGGGAUAUGUCGAUAUUAUCCCCAAUUCAAUUCAUUGGAAAUUCAAGUUGGAUGGAGCGAGAAGUAAGUGGAUUUUUGCAGACAUGGCAGGGGGCCGGGCUUUGGAAAUUUUGAAAAGGGCCGGGCCGGGCCCAAGGUUUCGGGGGCCGGGCCGUGGGGCCUGGGAUUGGUUUUUCGGGCCGGGCCGUGGGGCCUGAAAAAAUUUGGGCCCGGCCCCUUUUUUAAUUUUUUGUCUUGAAACGAAAAAUUGGGGUGCCAAUUUUUUUUGGCAUUCUGUUUUGAGCAAAAAAAUUUUUGUUUUUGGAAGUAAAAGCGGUUUGUAAGACAGGAAAACCUCAUUUACUACUUAGAACCUUGCUGGCAAUGAAAAAAUACAUCGAAAAAAGUUUUUAAAAGUUAGCUUUUAGUCAAGUUUGAAUAG